AGCCGAUGCAUGACGUGUGAGCUGAAGAAGAAGGGCCACUUCUUCAGGGAGGUGCAGAGCUGCAUUAGGACGACACAAGAAACAGUGGUUGUUAUCUCCAAUCAGCCUCAGGAACACACUCUGUGACAGUUUACAUCCAUUAAAGUAGCAUUUUUUACGCGUUAUUUAACAGGGGAGCCCACGCUCCGUUACCUACAACACAGGGAGAAAAACACAAUAUUAGAUCGAGUAGUGUUAUGGAAGUGUAAAGGGGGUGUUUAAGCACACGACAGAGAUUAAAUGCCAAAGACUGUUAGACCGGUUCACUUUCCUGGGUUUCUUUCGGGGUUCCCGUGCACGCGCUCCAUUGGAGAAAGAGAGAGAGAGAGAGACUCGCUGGAGAGCGAGAACGCGCAUCAGAGCUCAACAGCUGCACAGAGAGGACUCGCCAAGUAGAACAAAUAUGAUUCACAUUCAAACAAUUUAAGAGGUUCCUAGUCUGGAGCAAGUGACCCUCGUGCUGGUUCCACCUUCAGAGGACAAUGCCGACGCACUCGCUGCCGCCGUUUGUGGAGAGCCCAGAUGGACUUGCCCAAGAUAUUCUCAUUAGUAACAGUGCGAGCGUUCCGGGGCCUGGCUGCAGCAUGACACCACACGCCAUUUACUCAGAGAAGACUGUGUUGCAAUCCGGAGGAAGUGUACCGCUCCUGUGCAUGUUCUGUGAUCAGACCUUCACCCAUCAGGAUGAGCUCGGCCCCCACGUGCUAACGCAGCACCCCACGACGUUCUUCGAGCCGGCCGUGCUCCGAGUCGAGGCCGAGUUCAGGAUCCCCGGAGAGAGAGUCUGGCCUAAAAAGACCAACUGUCCCGUUGACAAAGCAGAGGUUCACAGCUGUAUUGUGUGCGGUCAGCUGUCGCAUGACGCCGCCGAGCUGGAGACCCACAUGAGGAAGCACAAGGACUACUUCACCUACUGCUGCAACGUCUGCGGCCGGCGCUUCAGAGAGCCGUGGUUCCUCAAGAACCACAUGAAAAUGCACGUUAAACCCGGGGCGAAGAGCAAAGCCCAGCAGGACCUGGACACCCCGGGCACCGUCAACGGCGUCGCCCAAGACGCCGCCUCGGAAACGGUGGUCACCGUGUACAAAAUGUGCAUGGUGUGUGGCUUUUUCUUCCCCGACCACGACAGUCUGGCGGAGCACAGCAAAGUGCACAACCGGGAGGGGGAGCCGGGCCGGGACAGAGACGAGAAGAGAACGGACGUCCCCGCUGAAUCCCUCGCCACGCAGGAAACUUUUCUUCACAGUCUAAACCUGACGCCUCGCUCUCCCGGAGGCGGCUCGCGGGGUGAGCGGUCAUCCAAGUGGAUCGCCCAGCUGGAUCCCUUCAACACCUAUCAGGCGUGGCAACUCGCCACUAAGGGCAAGGUGGCGGUCGGCCCGAACAACAUCAAAGACAUCGGCCAGGAAGCCAGCACGGACAACGAGGAAUGCGGCUCCGACAAGGAGGAGUUGAGUCAAAUUUGGGCGGAGGGACAGGGAGACAAAGCCGCCAAAGGGGUCCUCGGGAGGGAGCUGCGGCCCCAGCAGCCGGCCCCGGCCCCGCAGCGGCGGUCCCUGAUGCAAAAGAGCAAGGUGAAAGUGCGGCCAACGACCUGCGAGGACUGCCAGAGGACCUUCAGGACCUACCACCAGCUGGUCCUCCAUUCCAGGGUCCACAAGCGGGAGAGGGGCGGCGAGGAGAGUCCGACGCUAUCCGUCGACGGGAAGCUGUCCGGAGCGGGCUCGGGGGACCACGCGGAGGAGGGCUGCGAGGACGGCCUGGAGGAGGCCGCGCUCCACGACAACAUGGCUCCAGGUGAAGACGGGUUCGAUCGAUUGAAGGUCCGAUCGAAAGCCUGCAGUUACUGUGGCAAAUCAUUCCGAUCGAGCUAUUACCUCACCGUUCACCUGAGGACUCACACGGGCGAGAAACCGUUCAAGUGUGCUUACUGCGACUACGCGGCGGCCCAGAAGACUUCCCUGAAAUACCACCUGGAUCGCCGUCACAAGGACAAACCUUCCGUCGACAUUCCCAGCAGGCCCGUGUCCUCAGUGCCCUCCCCCAGCGAUAGAAAGCAUGCGAAUGACAAUGAAAAUCCUGCUCCGAAUAGAUCCAAACUCUGGGCUCCCGGCACCAGAUCGUGCACCAACGAAGCACCGGAGGACAGAUUUGACAGCAAAGGUAACAAGCUCGGCAAACCCCUCGUACAGAUGAGCGCAGAGUAUAAGAAAGUAGUCGCCGCGCCUGACGAUGCAGCCGUAAAGUGUCCCAAACCCGUUAACCCGAAGACCGAAAGGGAGGAGAUGAAAUACGAGAACUCUGAGGGCCCAUUAAAUCUGUCCUUAAAAGUGUCCAUCUCCAUCCCCGCCAGCGCCGAACCCAGAGACGCGUUGGUCCCAAUGGGCUGUUCGCUUUGUGCGUAUAAAACCAUGUACCCAGAGGUUCUGAUCAUGCACAAAAAGCUCACCCACAAAGACAAGUCGGAGCCUCCACAAAUCGGCGCGUCGGGCAGUUUGAAAGAACGACGCCACACGGGCUGCCCCCCCGCCCUGGAAGGCAAAGACGUCAGCCCGCUUCCGCUGGUUGACCGGCGCCACCCCCGCCGCACCCAGUCCCCGCCCCCUCAACCUGCCAAGCCGCAAGAGAAGACGCCCGCUCGCCCCCCCCCGCCGCCGCCGCCGCCCCCGAAGCGCUCCCCGGUCCACGCGCCCGCGCAGAGGGCCGCGGACGAGACCCAGCGCUGCGUACACGGCGGCCCGGAGUCCUCCAGGUACACGGAGCUCGUGAUGAGGUCCACGGCGGGGAGCAAGUACGCCGUGGACCGGGCGGGCCCCCCCGCAGACAGAGUGGGAAUAGGCGAGAGGAGCUACCCGGCGAGGAGCGGCGUCAUUUGGCACUCGGACGCCGCCCGGCUGUGCCUGUCGAGCCGCUUCGGGAGCCUCCCCCAAAUCGAUUUCGGGGAGCCCUCCAGCAAGAGGCUGAAGUACGCGGCGCCCAAAGGCCGGGAAGCGGACGGCGGGGAGAAGCCCGGCUUCAGGGGGCCGGCGGGGAACGCGUCCAACAGGCUGCUGCUCUCGGGGAGGAGUCAGAAAGCGCCGCCGCAAAUGCCGAGCGCCUCCUCCACCGUCGCCGACGCCCUGGACGCUUUGAAGACGACGUCGGCGGCCAUCGGCGGAGGCUUGGACUCGGAGUGGAGCAUGAUGAACCUCCUGCGCUCCUACACCCCCAGCGACCUGGCGUCCCUCUAUCACGGCUCGCCGGCCAACCCGGGUCACGGAGGCCUGGCCGCCCCGAGAGCAGGGGGCAGAACAUUGCUGUACCAACACUUACCCCCCAUGUCCAGCCUUCAGAGGAGAGACCCGUCGGGCCCUUAUCCUAACCAGCGCCAGGGGACCACUGACAAAACUACAUAAAGGUUAAAACACAUUUCAUACGCAAUUUAGAGCUUCCUUCUUUUUUGGGGGGAGGAGGGGUUUCAAACCCUGAUUGAAAUAGUUUACCUGGUACUUGAUAUAAAUUUAUUCAGAUCCUAUUUGAAAAUAUAAAAGGUAUAUUUUUCUUCUCUCUAGAUGUGAACUGUGCUGCUCCCUUAUUUUGGAGAACUUCUUGGAGAAUUUGUUGACGAUUAAGAGAGGUUUCAUGCUCCAACUGUCUAUGUUCCCUUAAUUUAUCAUUUUUUUCAAUGGAGGGAAAUUGUGUUGCAUAGACAUUUCGUGGCUGAGGCCUUUAUACUUUUUUUUUUCUUCCUUAUUUUUGAAAUGAAAAAGUGCCGACCAUCUCUCUUGAAAAAGUUAAUGCACUGGUGUGCACUGUGAUAUUUGUUUCCACUCAGAACUGUUGCUUGAUCCAUAUUUGACCCACACUAACGUUCCGAUAUCUGUAAGUGUCUGUGACAUAGCGGUAAACUUUGCACGUGGCACAACGUAAAUGUAUCUGGAAGCGUUCAGUACAUAGAGAUUGUAUAAAGUACAAACUGUGCUAAUGAAUUGCUGCUUCAUUACCUUACCGUUUGUCUCCAGGCAGUAAUUAAGCACUAUUCACCACGCCCCCCUCCCUCUCAAAGGCACUGAAGGUUUACAAACGGGCCCCGGUAAGGAGUCCCGUGGACGUCGACGUGCUCUACCUCAUUUUGUGCCCUCGGCGCCGUCGUUUUUUUUGUAGAGCCGCUGCAGCCCUCGUGUCAGCCCGGUCCGCUCGUCCACUAGAGCGCCAGGUCCAGCGGUAAAGCUGGAGGGACAUGCGUGUUUUGGGUGUCUGGCACCACAUAGAACGCCGAACCCCGUGAGGUGCGGACCAGCUGCGGCCGAGUCCACAUGGACCUUCUGGUCCACGAUUAACGGGACCGUUGAGUCAUUUUGAAACACUUGGUCUUAAACGCAACGCUUUCCUGGGAGAUCCUUUCUUUUGGUUCUUUUUGAAAUCAUCUGCUUUAGUGGACCCUUAAAUCCAUAAGCUGUGACCAGUACCAAAUUUGACACGUUCUGUUUUGUGUAUUAAAUGCUCAUGCUGUAUUAUUUAGGCUGCACAUUUAGUCACUUUUAGUCACAGGAGGUUCGCCUUACUAUGCAGUCUUGAAAGUGUUAUUUGGUUCCAGGUGGUCCUGGACGGUCCCGGCUGGACAUCAAGUGGUCUUUGCGGAUUUUGCAUCGCUGUGUAGUUUGACAAAAAAAUAAAAAAUUACAGGAGCAGAUGAUGUUGAUUUAAGGCCUUGAUAGAUUACACACUGUGAACAAAGUCUCAGGGGAACUCAUUUAUGAGCGAUUUACUCUGUUGUGUAAUUUUGUGUUUUUUCCACUUUUGAAAAGGCUUGGGUUAAAUUAUUUUUUCUUUUUCUUUGGUUUGGUAUUCACAUUACUUGUGUACGUUAUGUAAAAAAUGAAAAAUAUUGUUUGAGAUUUGUAUGACACGUUUCAAUAAUAAAGUGAGGCGAAAAGCUGCGUGCUGUGUGACUGCCUGAUGUACUUUGCACAGGACACCGAUGUCGCUGCAAUGGAAGGAACUUGAAUAAAUCAACUGAAAUUGAUAAUGAUAUCUUGAUUGGACGAACCUGUCUU